AUGCAUACACCACUAGAUAACUGUCCAAGGCCCUUUCCAACUCCAGUGUGUUGCUAUGAGACAGGCCUGCACCACGCUGGAGGGUGCCUGGAGGGUGCCGAGUGGCUGAGCAGACAGGAGGAGAAGCUGGCAAGGCCCCCAGGGAAGGUGAUGCCUCAGCUGAGUCUGAGCAGUACAAGGCACAGUGAGCCAGGAGAGCAAAGCUCCCUGAUCUGGUUAAGGAGAGGGUAUUUACUCAGGGUCAUGGUGGUGCGAGGAAGCCAACCCCAUCAGUGUUGGCUGAUCAUCAGAAUGCGGACAAGGGGACAUUCUUCAUUUCUAGGUCAUGUCUGGUUAAGAUCAGGUGCCAGGAUCAAUAUUUCACCUUAA